AUGAAAUCAGGGAUAAGGUCAGCUUUAACGAUGCCGCAUGCCUUCUUGCUGACACUGCUGGUGAUAUUGUGUAGCAUGGAGGUGGUGGAGUCUUCCGAAAUCGGCAGCGGCUCGCUGGACGAUGGGAUAAUGGCCGAUCAAGAAAUUUAUUCACUCUGCAGCCUUAAUCCAUUCCUUAACAUUUGCUACGGUAUUAGCGUUGAUAGUGAAAAUCACUAG